AUGGGGAACCACAUGGAGCGCUUAAAUUACGCCGAAGUUCCCACCGUCGACCCGCACGGCGUGGACCGGGACGAUGGUCCUCGUAUAGGCGUGUCGUACAUCUUCUCCGGCGGGGAAGAUGACGACGACGAGCCGGGUGGAAGUAGCGGGAAAGACAACGACGGGGCGGCGGACGGCACUCCGGCGAAUUCGAACCCGGAAGAAACGCCGUUCGACCCGCGGGAGGAGGUGGAGUGCGCCGUGUACAAACUGGACGAGUGCGUGUACGAGAAGAGCCAGCGUUCGUCCACCCUGGAGGUGUAUUCGCCGGAGAACCUGCUCAACAAGUGCCGCGCCGGCGACCUGGUGGAGUUCGUGGCCGGCGGACAGUACCCGCAUUGGGCGGUUUACGUAGGUAACUUCCAGGUGGUGCACCUUCACCGAGCCGAGGUCAAGAGCGCCUUCCUGACGGAUGCCGGGCGUGGGAGACGAUGCCGGAUUGUCAACGAGCGAUACAAGUUUCGAGCCCGGGACCCCGAAGCCGUCGUUCAGAGCGCCCUGGAGCAGGUGGGCCUGAAGGACCGCGAGCUGCGCUGGCGGAACUCUGAGGGCUUCGCCGCCUGGUGCCGCUUCGGCCGCCGGGAACUGAAGGCGGGCGGCGAGCUGCGCGGCGGCGGCCAGCCGUACACGUUGCACGUCAUGCUGGGCGAGCGCAAGUAUUCGCACGCUCUGGAGUUCCAAAGCCUGGAGGACGUGAUCGCCGAGAAGCGACGCGGGGACUACCUGGGACGGACUGCCCUCCUGCGGGAGUUGGCGGCCCACCUGAGGACUGACACAGGACCUCACUGA